AACCGGAUCCACACCCUAAAAUAUCUUGAACCUCAAGCACUUUCUACCUUCUUGUUCUCACUCUCAGAUCUGGGCUCUCUCUUCCCUUUCUCCUGCGGUGCCCUUCGACCUUUCUCUCUCUCGAUCUCGACUCAGUCGCUGUUUCAUCUCGGUCGGCCGUCCGUCAAUCAGCGCACUAGGCCGAUUGAUAAUUUUCGUUCAGCUUGGUUCUGACUCAAGUCUCGAUUGCUUCGUGCAAUGGCAACAUCCAUUGACGCUUCAAGAAUGGAGUUCGAGGUGUUCCUGAGUUUCAGGGGACCGGAUACUCGGGACAACUUUACUAGUUGCCUCUAUCAUGACAUGGUCGAGAAAGGAAUCCGCGUCUUCAAAGACAACGAAGAGCUCCGAGUCGGUCAGAAGAUUGGUGGGAACCUUUUGCGAGCCCUUGACAACACUCAAAUUUAUAUCCCGAUUUUUUCUAAAAGCUUCGCUUCCAGUGUGUGGUGCCUCCGUGAGGUUGCGCAUAUGGUAGAUUGUACUUUAAAGUCGGACGGGAAGAAGGAGAUCCUCCCCCUUUUUUUCGACGUGAAACCAGAUGAUGUCAAGCUCAGAACCGAAUUGUACAGUAAUGCUCUGUCUGAGAAUGAGAAGAAGUAUGGCCCCGAUGAGGUGACGCUGUGGAAAGCUGCUCUUCGUGAGGUUGCAACUAGAGCAGGUUGGGAGCGGAAAGGGGAAGAAUACGGGGAGCUUAUAAAAUUGAUUGUUCGAGAAGUUCUGCUUAAGCUGAAGGUGAAGAGCAGAGAUCUUCCCUACCAUCUAGUUCAAGUGGAUGAUCAAAAAGAUAUAGAAAAAUUGUUGGAUGUUGACUCUAAUGGCGUCCGUUUUGUUAUUAUCCAUGGGACAGGUGGAAUUGGUAAAUCAACUCUUGCUAAGGUUAUCUUCAACCGAUUCUUGCCUAAAUUCAAUUACUCUAGUUUCCUUGAAGUUGUCCAACAUCAAGAUCUUUUACAAGUGCAAAAGAAACUCUUAUCCGACACACUGGGCUUGACCUCUAUUGACGGAAUCCAUGACACCCAUGAUGGGAUCCAUCGCAUAAGAAAUGGACUCAGUGACAAGAAAGUUCUGGUUGUUGUCGAUAAUGUGGACGAGAAGAGGCAACUCGAGAGCCUUGCAGGUAGCUGCGAUUGGUUCGGUUCCAGAAGUAGGAUCAUGGUCACAGUCAGGGACAUACGCGUAGUACUAAAUGAGGACAAACAAAUGCGACCUAGCAAUUACUUGGCCCACUCAGUAAAUGAGAUGCCUUUGUAUCGAGCAAUUCAGCUUUUCAGUAAACACGCAUUUAGAAGCGAUACUCCUCCUGAGAAUUGCUACGAUUUCUCGAAAGAAGUUGUUUUAAGCGUAGGAAGGCUUCCUUUGACUCUGGAAGUCAUGGGUUCUCUUUUUGCUGGAAUGAACAGAUCAAAGUGGGACGAGACACUGGAGGACUUAAAGCAAGGCCCACCUAAUAAUGUCCGAGAAUCACUGAUGAUAAGCAUCAACAAAUUGAACACCAUAGAAAAAGCCAUAUUCCUAGACAUAGCAUGUUUUUGCAUCGGGGAGGAUAAGACUUAUGUGGACUACAUGUGGCGUAGUAGCAACCAUUCUCCACGCAGUGCAAUUGAUGUUCUCCUCCUCAUGUUGUUGAUAAAGAUCGAUUGGUACAAUUGUUUUUGGAUGCAUGAUGAAGUUCGAGAUCUAGGAAGGUACAUCAUCAAGGAGGAGAAUUUUGAAGAUGCUGGAAAGCGCCGUUGGAUGUGGAUUGAUGAAAAUACUCUAGACAUACUAAGGAGCGACGAGGUGAAAGUUAUUAAGAGUAGAAGAUAUGGUCAAUCCAGCAAAAUCUCUGGUUGUGUUCCUUAAAUUGAGAAUGUCGAUUGAUGGCCUGCUUUGUUUUCUAACUUAUAGGGAAAUAAAAAGCAACUCUAUAUAAACAAUAAAA